AUUUCUCCAUGUACUGUGCGCCAUUUUGGAAGGAAAAAAAAAAUCACGGAUAAUUUCCGUGGUCUUGACAGAUCUGGACCCGAGUCUUCACAUUGAUUGUGGAUGCUAUCUAUUUCCCCGAGCAAGCCGCAUUGGUUGAUAAGCUAUUGGAAGCUGUUGUACGGCUGGAGCUGCUACAUGAAGCAAUGGCGGGUGAGCGACUUUUUAAAGGGAGGGAAAGGACCCACCUCACUGAGUGUGUGUGACGGCCUGUUAGCGCUGGACAGGGCUAAGGGGGCUGGGUGUCAUUUUAUCGCUUAUUAAAGGAAUAAAGAAACUAACGCUGUGUUUUUGUCUGCAGGAGUUGCAGGAGGAAAUGAUUUCCAGUGGUGUUUCUCUCAAGUGAAAGGAGCGAUAGAUGAAGAUGUUGCGGAAGGUAUGUGGCUAACCUUAGCUUGACGGCUAGGCUACAGCUAGAUGUUCUGAUGCUGAUGCUCUGGAGGCUUUGCAGGAGCUGCACGGUAGCGAGAUGAUUUGACAGGUCUUAAUGUAAGGCAGCUGCUGGAGUUGGUUUAGGACUAUUUGCGGGUAUUCUCGCUUCUUUGUUUUAAUAAAAUGAGUGUUUGUUGCUAGCUAGCUGUGUGCUAAGUGGCGGCUAUGCUAUUAAAGGGGAGCGACCGUGUCCAUGACGUCAAUGUGCUGCGUCCAUAAAUUGUCAAGUGACAUCAUGCUUGUUUUCAUUCAUUCAUAAAGUAGGGGAGAGUGGGGUAAGUUGAGACAAGGGGGUAAGUUGAGCCACCCCCUGUAGCUUGGAAAUGGUCAAAGAAAUUGAUCAUGUGACCAAAUAUUUAGGAGAUGGGCAUCAAUUCAUGGAUUCUGUGAAGGUUAGGAGCACGUAGGUGAAGAGGUUAGACAUUUAUGUACAAAAAAUAAAACAUGUUUCAUCCUUGAAAGUGAAUUUAGUCUGUCAUAAGUUUUAUAAGAACUGUGUUCAGACCAGAAAAGAUCAUUUUAAAUUUGGUUAUUACAUCGUUUGUGGUAUCUAUGAGCUUCAUCAUGAGGUGAACAACCUGACAUAAAAGUCCUCCAUUUUAGCUUAGAGGACUAAUAAAGUCAUAAUAGUAGUUCUGGGGUAAGUUGAGCCAUUUGGUCAGGGGUAAGUUGAGCCAGUGGGUAAACUUGGAAAGUAAAGGAGUAGUAGUAGUCGUUUAUUCAGUCAUGACAACAAUAUUGACAUUCACACAAAAUCACUAAACCAAGAAUCAUGUGUUGAAUAUUGAAUGAAAAGGCAUAAGCAGAAGCAGACUGCUUAUAAAAGCCUAUCCUGCCUAGUCUGAUGAGAGGAUCAGCGUUUCAGUUCAGAUUGUUGAAAUGUGUUACUUUUUCUUUUCAGAAAUACAGCUGUGAAUGUUCUGAAUCACUUAAAGACAUUCUCAUGUUAAAAUGGCUUUGUAUAAAACAGCUUUUUAGCAGGUAUAUGCAAUAAUAAUAAAAAGAAAUAUUGUACCAGUUGAAUAGUUAUGGAGAGUGGGGGGUUAGUACGGAUACGGCUCAACUUACCCUGCUCCUAUGGUCAACUUACCCCAUACACACCACUUUUUUUUUGGCACACUAUAUUAUCAAGACAGUUGUGUUUACACCAUAGACUGUAUAUACUAUGGACAACUUGGUUCCGCUUCCCGCCAGUAUACGGAUUUGAAGCCAAAAAGCUCUCGGUAUUUCCAUUUCUUUUUUCAUUUCCUGAAACCAGCGUUGCGCAGUAGCAUUGUACGCAGGGAGAGCCGCCGAGAGUCGCUGUGAUGACGCUCGGCUCAAACAGUGUAACCACCGAGUGAGCUACGCAAUCCCUGAACGCCAAUAGGCCGAAUCAGGUGUCAAUCAUAAAAAACAUGAACCCUCUAAUAACUUUUAAAAACGGAGCCGUACAGAAAAAAAGAGGACUUGAGUACAAACCAGUCUUACAGUAACUACAUGGAGAUAAAAUUAUAUUCUGUGUAAUAAAUCUAUAAAGUUUGUUCACAGCCCAUUAGCUUUGCUGGCAGAGGCGGGAUUUAUGACCUAUACUGCGCCCGUCAAAAGAGGGUGCUGUUCUCGGAGUGGCGUCACCCAGCGAGGAGGCAGACGCUGUCCAUUCUAAAUACAGUCUAUGGUUUACACUCAUUCUGUUGAUACACUAGUUGAAGACAAAACUAUGACUGCCUUGAUGUUGUGAUCCGAAAUAUCUUCAUCUUAAUCAUCUUGCCCCACUCUCCCCUGAACUAUUGAUCUUCUGAGGGACAUUAUUUGAGUCGACAGCAGGAUUUGCACGCUAGAGCUGAAGUUUGGUCUCAUUUACUCUCAUCUGUGUCAAUUUCAGCCGACAUAAUCUCGACAGUUGAGUUCAACUAUUCUGGUGAAUUGCUUGCAACUGGAGAUAAAGGAGGCAGAGUAGUGAUUUUUCAGCAUGAACAGGAGGUAAGAAACGGAGAGGAAAAACUGAACAGUAUCUUCAUGAUGUGAGAAGUUACCUGCUCAUCUCUGAUGUGCACAUAAAAGCCUGGGAGUAACUUGUACCACUUUCUGCUUUCAGUCUAAGAAUCGUCCACACCUGCGCGGGGAGUACAACGUCUAUAGCACUUUUCAGAGUCACGAGCCAGAAUUUGACUAUUUGAAAAGUUUAGAAAUUGAGGAAAAAAUUAAUAAAAUAAGAUGGCUACCCCAACAAAAUGCUGCUCACUUUCUACUUUCAACAAAUGGUAAGACUUCAUCAUUUUGAACGCUUUGAUUGUUUGUUGAUUGUUCGGAUAUGAAGCUGACUACAGCCGUUCAACACGUCUCAUUCUUACAAAUGAACCCUUUGCCUUCAUUUAGAUAAAACUAUCAAAUUGUGGAAAAUAAGUGAAAGAGAUAAACGGGCAGAAGGUUACAACCUGAAAGAUGAAGAUGGAAGACUCAGAGACCCCUUUAGAAUCACCUCUUUACGGGUAUGUUAAAGUGAAAGACAAUGAUGGUUGUUGUUUUGGGGGCUUGUUUUGACUGUUCUUGUUAUUUCAUAGUGAAUGUGCAUCUGUAUGUUUCAGGUACCAGUACUGAUGCCAAUGGAUCUCAUGGUAGAAGCAAGCCCAAGGAGGAUCUUUGCAAAUGCGCACACCUAUCACAUUAAUUCCAUUUCUGUAAAUAGUGAUCAUGAAACGUACCUCUCUGCAGAUGACCUAAGAAUAAAUCUAUGGCACUUGGAAAUCACAGACAGAAGUUUUAGUAUCCUUUUGCUCCAUUACAGAACAUAUUGGACAUGUGGGGUAUGGUAUCUGUAUUGUUUAGCUUUAAAACUUAAGACUGUUAGUUCCUUAACACUGUGUUCCCAGAUAUUGUAGACAUCAAGCCCGCCAACAUGGAGGAACUGACAGAAGUAAUCACAGCUGCUGAGUGCCAUCCACACCAAUGCAAUGUAUUUGUGUACAGCAGUAGCAAAGGCACUAUCCGCCUGUGUGAUAUGCGAGCAGCAGCACUCUGCGAUCGGCACUCAAAAUGUAAGUACAUCUGCUAAGGUGCUGCGAGGUUAAGGAGGUGAAAACACUGAAUGUUAUUUUUUGACUAAUUUUGACAGAACUAUAAAACAAAAUAUGAGUGUGUUAGUCGCAUCGAUCCUCUUUUGUUUAUAACCGCAACGCAAUAUUUCUUACUUCUUUUAGUCUCGUGCUGAAUGUACACAAAGACUUCUGGAUAUCAGCAUGUUAUUUUUUUCUAAAUUGUAAAUAUCUUUAAUAUUACAAGUAGAUAUUUAUGUUGCUCUACCUGUAAAAAGAUAUGUUUAGUUUAACUAGAGUUCUUGAAUCCUAACCCGGUCUAUAGUGGGAUUGAUUUUUUCGUAAAUAAGAAUCUAAAGGAUAUUUCUCUUUGCAUUUCAGUCUUUGAGGAGCCCGAGGACCCUAGCAGCCGAUCCUUUUUCUCUGAGAUAAUCUCCUCCAUCUCAGACGUGAAGUUCAGUCACAGCGGACGCUAUAUGAUGACACGUGACUACCUCUCCGUCAAAGUUUGGGACCUCAACAUGGAGAACAGGCCAGUGGAGACGUAUCAGGUGCAUAGACACUUAGCUUAUGAUAAUUAUCCCUUAUGAACUCAUAGGGUAUAGAUAUCCAUAUAGACUGAAAACAUAAAAUUGUGUUUUCUGGAUCAAAUUUUCCAUCUUUGUGGUUUUUGUUACAGUAGACUUUGGCCUUGUGCUGAUAUGUAGCUCCUAUCAACAGCUGUACGUUUUAUUCCUAGUUUUCAAUUUGGUGUGAAUUUGUUAACAUCAUUUUGGCUAAAUAUGAAAACUAGUUAUGGAAUGGUUGUUCAAUUAAUGUCAUGCAAGGCCCCCACAGCUCACAAAAGUAGUAGCCUCAGAUGUUUCUCUAGACUAGAGACACGCAAGGCUGAGGUCGGUUCUGAACCACACAGACAUUGUGAAAGAGAACUUACGGAAGGCAGUGUUUGAGAAAUGUUCAUGUAAGGCGUGGAACUAUAGAUAUUUGGUUGAAGUGAACUUGUAGGCUAAGUUACAUAUGCUCUUGUUUCAGGUCCAUGAGUACCUUCGCAGUAAGCUCUGCUCCUUGUAUGAAAACGACUGCAUCUUUGACAAGUUUGAGUGCUGCUGGAAUGGCAGUGACAGGUAAAUGUUUUCUAGCAUGCAUUAUUUAAAGUUGUAUAUGUGAUAGUUUUGUGAGUUAGAGUUAAAGAUUACGUUAAGGUGGCAUUGUCUUGUAAAUUUGGGGAAUUCACUUUUCCUUUUCCCUCUCCUCUACUAGUGCCAUCAUGACCGGCUCCUACAACAACUUCUUCCGAAUGUUCGACCGCAACACCAGGCGGGACAUCACACUGGAGGCAUCCCGGGAGAGCAGCAAACCACGGGCCACGCUGAAACCGCGCAAAGUGUCCACUGGAGGGAAGAGGAAGAAGGAUGAGAUCAGCGUGGACAGCCUGGACUUCAACAAGAAGAUCCUCCACACUGCCUGGCACCCCAAAGAUAACGUGAUAGCUGUGGCAGCCACCAACAACUUGUACAUUUUCCAGGACAAAAUCAACUAGAAGAUUUGGGGCUCCAGAGGAUAGGGCUUUUACCGUACCCGUGUAGUUAAGCCUACUACUUGUCUAUCUGUAUAAGAAGAAACAGCCUCGUUGUCCUCCUGGUGAAGAAUUUGAAAGCACGUGUCUACUUUUUUUGCCACAGGAGGUUGAUCCAUAGGCCUGUUUUAUUUUGAGUCUGAGCUUAGGUUGUUUUUGCCUUUGGCACCAGGGCAAUCAACAUGCCCCCCUGACCCAGAAAGCCCAAUUCGGGUCUAAUUGAUGGAAUGGCACUCCCUAGAGGUCAAACUCUCGAACGUUGGUGUUUGUGUUGACAUUUUAAGCCUUCAUUUCAUGAUUUAACGACAGAACUCUUGGAAGCCCUCAAAAUGAUGUCUUGUCAAAGUUGUAACAUCAUCUUAAAGAUUUUGGGCCCUCUGAAGCACGGAUUAAUGGCCAAUAAGCCUAACUGUAACAUUCCCCCAUUGGCCAUGUAUUCAGGCCAAACUACUGGUGGAAGAGGCCAUGAAUUUGGAAAGUGGACCUGUUUUCUUUAUCCCCUUCCCUCCUUUUGCUUUACCCCAGACAAUACGGUGACAUAAUUUCACUGACUGUAUCUACUCAAGUACACCUUGUCAUCCACAUAAUAAAAGAAACUAAAACUACAGAUGUGUUUUUAAAUUUAGAAGUAUGUAUUAAAACAUGUUUAUUGCUUUGCAUGUUUUUAUGUUGUAGAGAGGUGGAAAAAUGUCCAGUCACACCACUGUCUUUGAGCAGAUCUCAAGCUAACUUGUUAUGGAAAUACUAUUUGGGGCUACCAGUGUCAGAAUCACUGUUAGAGACAACCGACAAUGUGUUUGUGUCAAGAGAUUAAUUUUAAAAGUUUUUGACCAUGUUUUAGGGUGCAGGCUGGAAACUACAUGGCACAAGAUGGGGCCCAGGACAAAGGGAAUCUGCAGCCUUAAUACCUACUUCUAUCAGUGACAGCUACGAGUUAUGUCCCCAAACGUUUUACAAACCUCAUGUGCAUUAUUUGUAAAUCCUAUUUUAUAGAGUUAUGUCCUCAUAUACUGCUGCUACAUGUGGCUGUCUAUGAAAAUCACUAAGGAGGAAAAUUGCACACCAUACAGUUUAUGUGAUAGAGUGCCUCCGAGUAAUGUAAUAAGUAGGAAAUUCAGACAGGCCUCAUACAUGUGCCCUUAUUCAUUUGUUAGGGAUCUCACCCAAAUUUGAACCACGUACUGCAAAUGUGGAUCUUCUCUCCGUAGUUGUGAAUGCAGAAAUGAAGGUUGACUACACAAAACAUAUACUGAUAACAUUAAAACACAUAAUAAUGCAUUGUCUUUGUCCAUUGAAUCCUAACAUGGUGGCAAUGUAUUCACUUGUUUAUUAUUUUGACCAAAGUUCAAUAAAAUUUUAAUUGUGUUCAUCUG